AUGGAAGACUUCUAUACUAGCUAUACGCUAGUGAGGAGGAAGAAGAAAGCGACGAAAGUAGUGAUGAAGAAUCUGCCGCAGAAGAAAGCCAACCAAAUGCUCUUCAAUGGUCUAGCUAAUUGCGACAAAUUAAUGUUGAGGAAUUCUCCAUUCGUCGUGGCCCGACCAGAGAUCUCGGAGAAAAUGCAACUGCCAAAGAUUUCUUCAAUGUAUUUAUCGACGAUGCUUACAUUGACAAAAUCGUCCGAUACACCGUUGUGUACGCUCGUUCGAAAGGGGAUCGAUCGUUCACAUCUACCCAAGCGGAAAUUUCAGCGUAUCUCGGGCUAA